CAACGUGGAGGAGAGGAUGUGGGUAUGCUGACAUCUGCAAGCCAGAGGUUUGAGUGGAAGACGACCGCAGUCAGGCUGACUAACAACGGCCUCAGCUACAUCGAGGAAACUCCGAGACAUGUAACUUGUGUCGAAGGUUUCCUUCAGUGUUCAUUGUUCUGGAGGUUUUUACGGGGUGCUGAAUUAUCCACAGGGGUCUCUUUCUCUCCGAAACAUACAGAUCAGAUCCAGAUGUUCAAGACGUUUUCACCAGGAACAGAAUUAUCCACAGAGACGUUUGUGUCCCGUAGGGCACCCCGAAGCUCAGCCAGUCACGGUGCCUCCUUGGGCUUUCUGUCAUGAGGGGGCGUUGCUCUCGAAAACUUGGUGUGCUGGCCAAGGCUGGCUUCCUGCUCUGGGUGCUGUGGCUGGGCUACCUUCUGUUAGCGCGCUCCUCUUUCCCCUCCGCUUCCUCUUUGGAGGAAGAAGACGAAGACCCCCAUGUCCUGGUGAGACAGCUCUCCAUAGAGGAGAAUGGGGCUGAUGGACAGCUGGCUAGGCCCCUGUACAUUAAGCCAUCACCAGACAACAAUGCACCAGGGGAGUGGGGUCGGGCCACUCACCUCAACCUCAGCCCUGAGGAAAAGAAGCUGGAGCAGGACAGUGUGGAGCGCUAUGCUAUCAAUAUCUAUGUCAGUGAUAAGAUUUCACUUCAUCGGCACAUCCAGGACCACAGGAUGCAUGAAUGCCGAAGUAAGAAGUUUGACUACCGGCGUUUACCCACAACCUCUGUGAUCAUAGCCUUCUACAACGAGGCCUGGUCCACCCUGCUGCGGACCAUUCACAGCGUCCUGGAGACCACACCUGCCAUCCUGUUGAAAGAGAUCAUCCUCGUCGAUGACUACAGUGACCGAGGCUACCUGAAAUCCAAACUAGCCGAAUACAUCAGUAAUCUGGAACGCGUGCGUCUCAUCCGCACCAACAAAAGGGAGGGACUGGUCCGGGCACGUCUCAUCGGUGCCACUUAUGCCACUGGUGACGUACUGACGUUUCUUGACUGCCACUGUGAGUGUGUCCCUGGCUGGAUCGAGCCUCUGCUGGAAAGGAUCGGGGAGAAUGCCAGUACCAUUGUGUGCCCAGUGAUCGACACCAUCGACUGGAACACCUUUGAGUUUUACAUGCAAACAGACGAGCCAAUGAUCGGAGGUUUUGACUGGAGACUCACCUUUCAGUGGCACUCGGUCCCCGAAGUGGAACGCAAGAGGCGCAAGUCUCGCAUUGACCCCAUCAGGUCUCCAACAAUGGCAGGUGGAUUAUUUGCUGUGAGCAAGGCCUACUUUGAGCAUCUGGGCACAUAUGACAUGGGCAUGGAGGUGUGGGGAGGAGAAAACCUGGAGCUGUCCUUCAGGGUGUGGCAGUGUGGGGGCAGCCUGGAGAUUCACCCCUGCUCUCAUGUGGGCCACGUGUUCCCUAAAAAGGCCCCUUACGCGCGGCCCAACUUCCUCCAGAAUACCGUACGAGCUGCGGAGGUUUGGAUGGACUCUUAUAAACAACACUUCUACAACAGGAAUCCCCCAGCCAAAAAGGAGACCUAUGGGGAUAUCUCAGAGCGGCUGCUGCUGAGGGAGAGGCUGAAAUGCAACAGUUUUGACUGGUAUCUAAAGAACAUCUACCCUGACCUACAUGUACCUGAGGACAGAGGGGGCUGGCACGGGGCUGUGCGUAGCUCAGGGAUACAGUCCGAGUGUCUGGACUACAACUCCCCAGAGCACAGUCCCACUGGUGCCCACCUCUCUCUUUUCGGCUGUCACGGCCAGGGAGGCAACCAGUACUUUGAAUACACAUCACAAAAGGAGAUCCGUUUCAACUCGGUGACAGAGCUGUGUGCGGAAGUACCCGAGGGACAGACCUCCAUCAGUAUGAGACACUGCCCCAAUGAUGCGGAGCUCAGACCUGCCAGCAUCACCUGGGAGUUCAGAAUGGACGGGACCAUCUACCACCCUCAUUCGGACAUGUGCAUGACAGCCUACCGCACAUCAGAGGGCCGCACAGACACCCAGAUGAGGCGGUGUUCCCCGGGAGACAAGAAUCAGCAGUGGAAGUUUGAGUGGUAGGAGGAGGAAGAGAGAAAGUAGCAGAGAACCUCAAGUGACCUUCUUUUUUUUACCACAGUGCAAUUACUACAGUGGAUGUCUUCUCUCCAAAACUGCUCUCCAUUUGAAUGGGAAUGGCGAGCAAAUGAAAGGUGGUGAAACAGUCACUUUAAGCCAAUGAAUCACCCAAUUCACUGCUUUUAUACCCAGCUGAAUGACUGAAUAAGUGCCGAUCCCAGCAGAGUGAAUGAGAAUUGCAAGGCAAGGUUUGUUCAGCAUGAACUUGAGACUUCUGCUUUCGUGUUGCUUUCAUCCAAGUGCCUCUGCAACCAGACCGGAGUCCAGUGCACAUCCGAAGUGUCAUUAUUGUCACGUGUUUUUUUUUUGUUUGUUUUUUUAUCUAAUGCAACAACUGGAAAGCAGUGAAACUGAUUUGACAGUCCAGAGCGUGAAGAAGUGCCUUUCAAAGAGAGUUGAAGCAUUUCCUAGAAAACAUGCAAAAUCAUGCUGCACUAAAAAUGUUACCUUGAUGUGCAAUUAAUAUUAAUUAUUAUUGUUAAAUCCUUAUUCUUGUUUGUUGGGUUGUCAAAAAAAAUAAAAAAAUAAAUAAAAGACAGGCUGCUCAGAGAAGACGUGCCAGGAAUGUGAGGUCAGCAGCAUUUUGCCCCAAACCAGCUACUUCCUAACAUGCUCCAUCAUGUGAGAGGAAAACGGGAAGAGAGCACCGCGGUCACACUAGACCGCCUCUCAAUUCCAUGUCGUGUC